AUGCCCAGAGCGGGUUCCGUUAAAUGGUAUAAAAAAAAAGAAAGCAUUUAUACGAUUUUAGGAGUUUUCGCCAUUGCUACGACGUUUAUAUUAAUAUCAUGUUUUGCAUUUGGUUUUGGACAACAAUCCAACGGCCCUCGAACUCUUCAAUUGAUCAGUGUCAUUUUCAGGCACGGUGAUAGAAAUCCAACGCAUUUUUAUCCAAAUGAUCCAUAUAAGGAUUUAAGUUAUUGGCCGGAUGGAUUAGGAGCUUUGACAAAGGAGGGUAAAAAACAAAUGUACAAAUUGGGAAAAUUUCUCAGGCGACGUUAUCAGGGUUUUAUAAGUGAUAAAUAUUAUCAGGAUGAUUUGUAUACAUUUAGCAGCGAUCACGAUAGAUGUUUAAUGAGCGCACAAGUUUGUCUGGCUGGUCUUUAUCCACCGAUUGAAGAUCAAAUUUGGAAUGAUGAUAUUAAUUGGCAACCGAUACCUGUACAUACGAUACCUAGAAAUUUAGAUAAAUUGAUUGUUGUUAAAAAACCCUGUCCAAUGUAUGAUAAAGAAUUAAACGAAACAUAUUACAACGAAUUUUUUAUAAAAAUAAAUGAAGAUAAUAAUGAUUUAUAUAAAUAUUUAACGAAACAUACCGGUAGUCAAAUAAAUAGUCUGACAGCCGUUGAAAGUUUAUUUAACACAUUAGAAGUUGAGGAUAAAAUGAAAUUAAAAUUACCUGAUUGGACGAAAAAAUAUUUUAACAAAAUGAAAGAAUUAGCCAUGUUGAAUUUGGCAUCGUUAACGUUUACCCCCAUAAGUAAAAAACUCAAAGGUGGACCGUUGAUAAAAGAAGUUGUCCAACACAUGUCGCAGAGGAUUUUAGGUUUGAAACAACCGUCAAAAAAAAUUUAUUUGUAUUCGAGUCACGAUGUUACGCUAAUAUCCGUUUUAAGAGCUUUAGGUAUCGAAGAUAUCGAUAAACCUGAUUACGGUUCUUCAAUUAUAUUCGAAUUGCAUCAAAAAUUAACGGAUGGCGAUCAUUUUGUCAAGUUAUUGUACCUGAACAACACCGAACAAACGGAUCCUGUUGAUUUAAGGAUACCUCAAUGCGGCGAAGACGAGUGUAAAUUAAAAGACUUCAUAACGAUAACGAAACCAUUGGUACCAACCAAUUGGGAAGACGAAUGUCAAAUUUCUUGA